UUUUUUUUUCAAACCACCAACCCUCUUGGCUCAUGGAUUACGGGCAAAAGGGCUCGUGGGCGCGGGACGCUCUGCGCGACGCCGCAUCCGCCGUAUCCGCCGUAUCCUCUACCUCAUCGCCCAUGCUGGCGGUCCGAGAUGUCCAGAACAGUGGUGAAGAGGGCGGCGACCCCCUUAACUUGAUCCCUCCAGAAAAGCUUGAAUACCUCCUGAAGCUCGUUCGGGCUCUUUUUGACGCACGCUUCAUCGCCAGCUGUUAUAACAUCGCUGUGCUCUUCACCAUCUCCGUCUUCGCAGUUUUACACUGGCGUAAAUCCAGAAAUGACCGACGACAGUGGCUGGCUAGGAUAAGGGGUACAAAGUCAGACUCAGUCCAAAGGACGACAAUGACAUCGACAACAACAGCCCAACCGCCUUCUUCGCCGGCAUCAUCCAGCCGGUCCAGCCAUGGCCCAUCCACACCCACUGGCAACUGGAAAGACAACCUCGUUGAUCUUGAACGAUCGCCCCUUUUACGAGGGCGCACAUCCAGCCUCACCAUCAACUCAGCCCGUCUCGACCGCAAGUCAACCAUCGGCAACACUGUUUCCUCCUGGCUCGCCCGUCAACCGCCACCCAUCCCCAUCAUCAAUCGCACCCUCCCCAGCAACGGCACCUCGCUCUUCAUUGCGCUCUGGAUCUUGUUGAACAUCUUCUUCCAGAUGCUCCUGAUCCCGCUCCGCUGGGACUUCUUCUUCGUCUUUGGCGACAAAAUGGGCUUCAUGUUCAUCGUCAACCUCCCCCUCCUCUACCUCCUGAGCGCCAAGAACCAGCCUUUGCGCUUACUGACCGGCUACUCGUACGAAGCGCUCAACAUCUUCCACCGCCGCGUUGGCGAGAUGAUGUGCUUCAUGGCGCUGGUGCACUUCGUCAGCAUGGUCAUCUGGCAGUUCGUCCUGGCUGAAGACUGGAUGUUGGCUUCCAAGACUGCAUGGGCGUACUUUACGCACCCGCUUAUCGUGUGCGGUCUGGGCACUUUCACGUCAUAUGAGCUGCUCUAUUUUACUUCGCUGGGAAGUUUCCGACAGCAAUGGUACGAGCUCUUCCUGGCCUCGCACGUCGUGCUCCAGAUCGCCGCGCUCGUGUUUCUCUGGUUCCACUUCUACACCAGCCGUCCUUAUGUCAGCUUGUCACUCGUCAUCUUUGUCCUCGACCGGCUCGUCUGGCGACUGCGCUUUAAGCGAGCCACCGUCACGGCCGACAUCCAAGUGCUGGAAGACGGCCAGACCUUUCUGGUCUCAGCCGAUUGGGACAUCCUCCCCCGUCCUCGACCCAGUCAAGACCAACCCUGGUGGAAGUCGCCGCCCUGGUCCUUCUUUUCCUACCACCCAAACAAAUCCAUCCUCAACGGCUGGCACCCCACAGACCACGUCUUCCUCACCGUCCCCUCCCUAGGCGGUUCCCACGCUUUGCAAGCCCACCCAUUUACCAUCGCCUCUGCCGCCCCCGUUAUUAACCCUCACUCCACAUCAGCGGCAGGCGAACAACAGCAACCCACCCACGCAUGGUUUAAUCUCCUCAUCCGCUCCUACUCCGGCUUCACGUCCGACCUCCUCCGUCACGCCCAAGCGGGUCAUGCCCGUGUGUCCGUGCAACUAGACGGGCCGUACGGCUCUUCGCACGCGCUGGACAUGCUUCGGGCAUCGGGAAGUGCGAUUCUGGUGGCCGGAGGGAGUGGGGUUGCGGUUACGUUUCCUUUGGUGUGGGCUUUGCUCCAGCAAUCGAAACAAGAUCUGUUGUUGUCAGACGCAGAGGAAGAAGAUGAGGGGGAAGAAGAUAAGGUAGCACGAAGGGUAUCGCCGUCAGCCAGGCGGCAGAAGCAGAGAGUGCAUAUGCUCUGGGUGACGCACUCGAGGUCACACAGGAAUUGGAUACCGCAAGAGCAGUUUAAUGAGUUGGUUGCGCUGGGACUGGACUUGGUCAUUCCGGAGCCCACGGAGGAUGCGGGGCGGCCGGAUGUGGCGGGGAUUGUGAAGGCAUGGAUCUUGGAUGCGGCGAGCGAUGGGCUGGAGUCCGGGGUGGUGGUGUCGGGGCCGGAUGGACUGAAUAGGACGGUGAGGAAUACUUGUGCUGAUGUGAUUGGGGAAGGAUUGGAUGUGAGGAUAGCGGUUGAGAAGUUUGGGUGGUAAAAAGAAAAAUAAGCCGUUAUGGAUAUGAUAGAAAGCAUCACAUCACGAGGCGUUGGCGUUAUAUUUCGCGUGAUUCAGU